AUGGCUUCCCCAGCACCCCAAGGCGACCAAGGCGACCUUCCCGCCCCCUGGAUCCGUCAGUACGACGCAAAUUACCAGACCUUCUUCUACGUCAACCCCACUACUAACCCCCCCACGACAAGCUGGACGCACCCCAGCCUGUCUGAGGGUGAGGUUCACCCCGAGCAGGCUCAGGCUUUGCAAGAGUCCUCCCAGGUCGGUGGCGGCCAGGAGGAGUCCGGCGGAGAGGCUGCCAAGUUCUUGAACUCUGGCAGCGUCGCCGAUCCCAGCCCUGGGAGCUACCAGCAGCAGGGAGAGGGACAGAUCCAGGGUGCCGACGGCCAAUCGCCCCAGACUGGUGAUCGAGGUAUCGGCUCAAUGGUCUCUGGUCUCAUAGGCAAGCAAAACAACAAUCAGUAUGGACAAUACGGUCAACAACAAUACGGUCAACAACAAUAUGGUCAACAACAAUACGGCCAGCAGCAGUAUGGAGGCUACAACCAGGGCUACCCCCAGCAGCAGCAACAGCAGUCAUCUGGCGGGAAGAGCAAGUUCGGAUUGGGCUCUGGUAUCGCUGCAGGUGGUGCGGCUUUGAUCGCUGGAAAGUUGAUAUCUAGUGCGGUAGGGGGCAAGAGCCACCAUAAUAGCCACGGAGGCCACAACAUGGGAGCGCCGCCCUUCAUGGGAGGGGGUGGCCGGAUGGGCGGCAUGGGAGGUCUUGGCAGCUUGCUCGGAGGGGGCGGCGGCGGCGGGAUGGGUGGGAUGUUUGGGGGAGGAGGGGGGUUGGGAGGCGGCGGCAUGGGAGGCGGAGGGCAUCACGGAGGGGGGCAUUAUGGUGGCGGGGGCUUUGGGGGAGGCGGAGGUGGGGGGCGUUGGUAG